UCUGUUUUUAGCACACUUCAUUAGCCACUGAUCUGUUUCAUACCUGGUCUUCCUGCAAUGUUUUGUUCUACCGUUGGGCUGUGGAGUUCCACUAUGGUUUCUUAGCUAUGUGUCACAUGGCUUGUUUUUUCUACCUUUCUAUGCUUGUUUAAACUUAAAUGACCUAAAAAGUGAAUCUGGGUCAUAUGGCAAUUCAAAUGGGGGAACUUCAGCUAAAUUUAGUUUUGGGUAUUUGAAGGAUCCUCGUUUAAGUAUCCUGUGGCCUAUAAACCCCAGCUAAAAUUUAGUCACCGCCACCUUAUCUAGCACCUGCUAGCUUGAUCAUGGGGUAAUACAAUCUACAGAUAUCAAUUCCAGUUUCAAUCUACUAAGGUUUCUGGCAUUCACAGUUGUUGUCCAUGGUACUUAAAGAAUCCUCCCAAUGUUCUUUAUUCCACACUUUUCUAGCCCCUCUGCAGUUUUCACCUCAUAGUACAGUACACCAGAUGCUCUUGUUGCUUUCUAUCUGCUUCUGACUGCCUAUGUCUUUAAGGCCACAUAAUCCUACUUGUUAUCCAUACAGCUCUCCAAGGGUCAAGAUUAGAUUUUUAACCAUCUGGGUAGGCAAAUGUGUAGAUUAGUAUUCUAACCAUCUGGAUUAAGAAUUAAUUGGAUUAAUCCCCCUUUGCCAACUGCCCCUCACCUUAUGUUAUUCCCUGUUCUUGCAAAGCUUUUCAAUGUGACCUUCCGAGCUUUCUGUGUCCCAUAGUAAACUCCAUUGUCUCUUCAUGGCACUGUGCUGGUUUUUGUCUUAUUAAUGACUUUCUUGGGAGCCUAAAACUGCUUCUUAAGCACAUGCUCGCUGUGUUACUCUUGCACUGGAAAAUCUGUGUUCUCCCUUGGCUUGUAUUUUCCCAUCAUUACUUUCUAUCACCCCACCCCUCCUGUCUGCUAAAUGCACAGCAUUUCUUUUGUCUCCUUGACCAUCUCCUCUCAUCUUUCUUCCUCUCCAUACCCUCCUGACACCUCAUUCUUGUCUCCUUCUUCCUUACAUUGAACUUCUUGAUCUCUAGGGCUUAAUCACUUCAAUCCCUUCCCAGAAAUCCUUUCAUUGCUCAGUACUUAUAUGCAUUGUUCUCAUCCCUGUUGAUUGACCUACCGACCCCCACCCUCACUCAGUUUUGAUCCCGUAGUGUACUUCUGUUUGGAAAUUUUAUCCCUCCUUUUGGGCUUUUAAUGAGUGUUGUUGCCCCUGUUUGUUAAUGGGGUUCGGCAUUCAAAGAUUAUGUCUUGAUAUGACUAAAUCACGGUUGCCAUCAACACUUGGUCCACUGCUGGAACAUUUUCUUGGUUAUUUUUGCAUCUGCUAGGAUAAGGUCAGUUUGUAGGUCUUGAAAUAAUUCAAUCCCAGUUUCCUUUUAAUAAUAUCUUCUCCCGCUGGUUUACAGCCAAGACCUUUUCUAUAGGUAUUUUUAGCUUAGCUUUUUCGUUGGAUCUUACUGAUAUCAAAGAUCAGGCUCAAAUAAGCUUUUUCAUGCAUUCAGAAAGAGAAGUUCAACAUGGGAUUCGGGCAUUGAACUGUUUUCUUAUCUGCAGGCAUGAUCCAUAGGUAUUUACAAGGUCUCUUCUUUUAGUCCACAACAGAGAUGGUUUCCUGCAUAGAAGCACCAGUCUGGAGGAUAAGGCCUAGAAACGCUACACUCCAUGGAUGAUUCUCCAUUUCAACUUUCAGACAUCUAGGCCUUUGAAAUGUGCACGAGUGUCUAAAUGUACUGGAGUACUGGAGUUCUUCCGUCCAGAUAUUCUUUUUGAUUUCAAGAUGAUGUAGAGAGUUUCUCAUCCAUUCCUGGUUGGGUUCUUAAAGUUCUUCUGAGUUUGGUAAUGUUUCAAUUGGGUUUAGUUGGCUUCUAUUGGAUUCCAUGGAUGAAGACCUUUUUGAUUUCCUCCUGAGAUGCUUUUCUUCAAUAAUGGUAUUAGUGGGGUUUGAGUUGGGAAGCAUUUCGAGGAGCCUAAAACCAGUUUUGUGGGCCAUUGAGAAGAGCGAAGAUUAUAGAACAAAUGCCGAGUAGCAUAUCAAAGGAAAAGUAGAGUCAACCAAGCAUCAUCUCCAGUACUAAUAAUUGGUUGAUAGCUCAGUCCCAUUGGGGGCGGUAGGGCGGGGCUCAUUUGAUUCUUCUCAGAGUAGGCCCUCACUGCAAACAGUUGUGUUAUAUAUAAGAAUACCCAUUUAUUCUAUUAUAAUUCUUAUUGAAAUUGCCUUGUUAUUCUCCCAUUUGCAAGGCUUGAUUGUGAUGUAUGGAGGGUGACGUGCCCUGUUCCUGAAGAGCAUUUUUUUGAUGGAUCAGGACCAAUCUGCAUGUAGAUUUGCAGCUCAGAAAGCCAAAGCAGAGAUGGAAUCGUCAUUCCCAGAGGAAGUUUUGGAACACGUGUUGGUUUUUCUGAAUGCCCACAAGCACAGAAAUGCUGUUUCUUUAGUUUGCAAGGCUUGGUACAGGGUGGAAUCAUGGUCACGCAGGCAGAUAUUUAUAAGCAAUUGCUAUGCUGUCUCACCAGAAAUAAUGAUAAACAGGUUCCCCAAGAUCAAAUCUGUGACCCUCAAGGGAAAACCCAGAUUUGCAGACUUCAAUUUGGUGCCAGCCAAAUGGGGGGCCAAUCUUACCCCGUGGGUGUCUGCCAUGGCACCUGCUUAUCCAUGGCUUGAGAAGUUGUGUUUGAAGAGAAUGACUGUCACAGAUGAGGAUCUGGCCAUGCUUGCAAAUUCCUUCCCCAACUUCAAGGAGCUCAUCCUAGUCUGCUGUGAUGGAUUUAGCACCGCUGGUCUUGCUACGAUUGCUAGCAAAUGCAGGAAAUUGACUGAACUAGAUUUGAGUGAGGUUGAAGUAAUUGAUAAUGGAGACGACUGGUUGGCCUACUUUCCCGAGAAGAUGACCUCCUUGGUAUCUCUUAGCUUUGACUGUUUGGAGGCUCCAGUAAAUUUUGAUGCACUUGAAAGGUUAGUGGCAAGGUGCCCAUCCCUAAAGAAGCUCAGGUUGAACAGAACUGUCUCUGCAGGACAGCUGCAUAGGUUGAUAUUAAUAGCACCACAGCUUACACAUUUAGGAACAGGUUCAAUGGGGUCUGAGUUCUCUCCAGAACAGGCAGAAAGUCUUCUGGCAGCAUUCAGCAAAUGUUCUCAAAUUCAGUGCUUGUCAGGAUUUCGUGAACUUGUACCAGAGUAUCUGCCUGUAGUUUAUCCAGUGUGCUCGAAUUUGACUUCUCUGAACUUAAGCUAUGCACUUAUUCGGAACUUUGAAUUAGAAGGAAUCAUCCGUCAUUGUCAUAAAGUGCAACGUCUCUGGGUUCUGGAUUCAGUGGGAGACAGUGGUUUAGAAGCAGUUGCAGCAACAUGCACGGAUUUGAGGGAUCUUCGAGUGUUUCCCAUGGAUGUACGUGAAGAUGGUGAAGGUUGUGUAUCCGAUCGGGGCCUUGUUGCAAUUUCAGACGGAUGUCGAAAUCUUCAGUCCAUUCUUUACUUUUGUCAGCGAAUGACCAAUGAGGCAGUUGUGACAAUGUCAAAAAAUUGUGCCAAACUGGUGAGCUUUCGACUUUGUAUCAUGGGACGGCACACUCCCGAUCAUGUAACUGGUGAAUCUAUGGAUGAUGGGUUUGGGGAAAUUGUAAAGAACUGCAAAAGCCUAACAAGGCUGGCAGUUUCUGGUUUGCUCACGGACAAAGCAUUUGAGUAUAUUGGAGCAUAUGGUAAAACAUUAGAAAUUUUAUCAGUAGCAUUUGCUGGGGAAAGCGAUCAAGGCCUGAAGUAUGUGCUGGAUGGGUGCAAAAGCCUUCGGAAACUUGAGAUAAGAGAUAGUCCAUUUGGUGAUUCUGCCCUCUUGUCUAGUUUGGACCGCUAUGAAUCUAUGCGGUUUUUGUGGAUGUCUGCUUGCGAACUUACUAUAGAAGGAUGCAAAGAGCUGGCAAAGAAGAUGCCUAGACUCAAUGUUGAAGUGAUCAGAGAAAAUGAGUCAGAAGAUACUUGCUUUGUGGAGAAGCUUUACGUAUAUCGCUCUGUAGCAGGACCACGGAAAGACAUGCCAUCAUUUGUGACUACCUUGUAGUGACUUUUUCACUAAAAUUUGAGGUCUGUCAUAUCUGGGUAACCUGUGGUGCUAACCUCUUAAAUUAAUCAAGUGCAAUUCUCCUCAAUUUGAAGAUCUUUCAUAUAUUGCCUCUAUGUCACAAAAGGCCAAAUGUGAAGUUUAGCAGGCCGAGUAAUUGCCAUGUCACUUUCUACAGUUUCUUCAUGAUAAAUGCCAUGUCACUUUCUACAGUUUCUUCAUGAUAAAUGCCAUGUCACUUUCUACAGUUUCUUCAUGAUUUGGCUGCAACUGGAAGGGUUGCAAAGGACAUAUUGUCCACUGGUGAAGUCUCCUCAUGCUUGUUCCUGAAGCUCAUUAUAGUUAAAUGCUACACAAUAAGUUCUUGAUACGAAUGCUGAAAGGUGGAGGAUUACCGAUGAUUCCCUUCUGCAUGCACUGGGAUACUGUUUUAAUGGACCAAAAUCUUUGGUCUGCUUUUUUAAUUUAAAACAAUUGACAAAUCUGCCUUCAACAAUUUCUUUAACCAUUUAUUGCAUCCCGCUAUCAAAAUCUUUGACAUGGAUCUCACUUGAUAUGUUUGAAUUUGUUGAGGGUAGAGUUUUGGUCAUACACCUUUAUCUUAAUACAAAGGUUCCUUGACUUGUUUCUUGCUUA